CAUCAGAGCGCUGCCCAAAGGGAGCUGCCCUUCUCCCUUCGUGCUCCUGUGCUGGGGACCCAGAACCCCAGCACCCACCCCGCCCCAGCCAGUGCUUUCUUCCCAGCCCAUGGGGACGCUGGUGGCCAAGCUCCUCCUGCCCACCCUCAGCAGCCUGGCCUUUCUCCCCACUGUCAGCAUCGCGGCCAAGAGGCGGUUCCACAUGGAAGCCAUGGUCUACCUCUUCACGCUGUUCUUCGUGGCGCUCCACCAUGCCUGCAGCGGGCCCGGCUUGUCAGUGCUGUGCUUCAUGCGCCAUGACCUCCUAGAGUACUUCAGCGUCUACGGGACGGCCUUGAGCAUGUGGGUCUCGCUGAUGGCACUGGCCGACUUCGACGAGCCCAAGCGGUCCACGUUUGUGAUGUUCGGUGUCCUGACCAUCGCUGUGCGGGUCUACCAUGACCGCCGGGGCUACGGGGUGUACUCGGGCCCCAUCGGCACUGCCAUCCUCAUCAUCACAACGAAGUGGCUGCAGAAGAUGAAGGAGAAGAAGGGUCUGUACCCAGACAAGAGCGUCUACACCCAGCAGAUAGGCCCCGGCCUCUGCUUCGGGGCACUGGCCCUGAUGUUGCGCUUCUUCUUCGAGGACUGGGACUACACCUACGUCCACAGCUUCUACCACUGCGCGCUGGCCAUGUCCUUUGUUCUGCUGCUGCCCAAGGUCAACAGGAAGGCUGGCGCCCCGGGGACCCCGGCCAAGCUGGACUGCUCCACCCUCUGCUGCACGUGUGUCUGACGCUACGCCCGGCCGGCUCUGAGCUCCUGCCCUGCCCAGGUCGCGCUUGGCCAGCGUCCCAGACCGUUCCUCCUCCUGCAGCUCCCGCUGUCCUUCCCUGCCCCAGAGAAACAUCUCUUCUAUACCCUGAGAGAUCCCCGGGGGUCUGUGACGCGCCCACCACGCUGCACCAAAUGUGUCUCAAGAACCGGUUUAUUCCGUUGUGACUGGGUGCUCAGGACCAAGCUGGAAAGAUAAAAAUCUUCUCCUCCCAGGCCUUGCCACGACCCAUUGGCGUAUCUGGUGAAGCCCUAGGUUUGGCGUCUGCCCACCCCACUGCUGGCCGGGGGCCCGGGAGUCCCAGCCGGGGGCCAGCCAUGACGGGGACUCCCAUGUCAUCAGUUUUUUCUUGGAAACUUCAGUCGCCACCUCUGUCCUGUGCCCUCAGGCUCUGAACGACCCCAUUUAGGAAGCCUGAGCCAGCCGGGCCAGCUGUAUCCCUGGCCCAGGCCACUCAGGCGCCACCCCUCCCGCCGGGCCCCUGAAUCAUGCCGUUUUCAUAAUUAUAACCAGUAAGAAGUGCCUCGAUGUAUCCACCU